GCGCUCCUGGGUCCUCCUGGUGAGGGGCUGAGGGGGAGCAGCGGCCGCCAUGUCGGCUCCGGUAGAAGAGGCUGCGGAAGCUGCGGGCCCGGCCGAGAAGCGCCCGGAUCUCGUAGAUCUCUUAGAACGUUGCGGAAGCUGCCGGAAACUUCUUCAAGCUGAAAGGGAACCGCGAUUAUUGCCUUGCUUGCAUUCGGUGUGUCGGCAGUGCCUGAGGACGGGCCCGGGGCCUGCGACGGAUUCAGGGCCUGGAGGGCAAGUGGUCGACUGCCCCAUCUGCAAGCACCAAUGUCAGCUGCAGGAUGUGGUAGAGAAUUACUUUCUCAAAGACAAAGGAGCCAAGAUGGCUGGUGCCAACCCGGCCUCCACUCAGUGCUGCACCAGCUGUGAAGACAAUGCUCCUGCUACCAGCUUUUGCGUGGAGUGCUCAGAGCCUCUGUGUGACACCUGUGUGGAGGCUCACCAGCGGGUCAAAUACACCAAGGAUCACACAGUGAGGGCUGCAGCCAACAACAGCCUGAAGGAAGUGGAUCACAAUGUCUACUGCUCCGUGCACAAGCAGGAGCCACUGAUGAUCUUCUGUGACACGUGUGACACUCUGACCUGUCGGGACUGCCAGCUCAACGCACACAAGGAUCACCAGUAUCAGUUCCUAGAGGAUGCAGUGAAGAACCAACGCAAGAUGCUGGCCACGCUGGUGAAACGCCUAGGUGACAAACAUGCCAGCCUGCAGCACUCCACCAAGGAAGUGUGCAGCUUGAUCCGCCAGGUGUCAGAUGUGCAGAAGCAGGUGCAGGUGGAUGUGAAGACAGCCAUCCUGUACAUCAUGAGGGAGCUCAACAAGAGGGGCAGGGUGCUGGUGAGCGACGCCCAGAAGGUGACUGAGGGGCAGCAGGAGAAGCUGGAGAGGCAGCACUGGGCCAUGACCAAACUGCAGAGGCACCAAGAGCACGUCCUUCGUUUCACCUCCUGGGCUUUGGAGAGCGAAAACAACACGGCUCUGCUCCUCUCCAAAAAACUGAUCCACUUUCAGCUCCAGCGUGCCCUCAAGAUGAUCGUGGACCCUGUGGAGCCUCAGAGUGACAUGAAGUUUCAGUGGGAUCCUAACGCUUGGACCAAGAGCGCAGAGAGCUUUGGCACCAUCGUGUCGGAGAACGGCAUCGUCCCACCAACCCUCAGCUCUCAGCCGUCAGCUGUGGGUCCCUCACAGGGUUCCCUGAAAGCCACAGUGGUGAGCAAAGGGCAGUGUGCCCCCAGCCCCCUCCUGCAGUCCCCCAAAGCAGCCCAACCCAAGGACAAAGAAGGCCAGGAGACCCCUGGCAACCCCCAAACUGCCGAGGAGGGGGCGGAGACAUCAGACACACCUCAGGGUCCUUUAAGAACUGAGGGUCCUGACAUGUCCCCACCCUGCCUUGAACCUCAGGUGUCUGAGACCCCCAAGGAUGCCAAUGUGGAGCUGGCAGGUAAUGCCUCUUCUGAACCUGUUGCCACGGGAGCAAAGAGGAGAAGACGUGCAAAUCCUCCUGAUGAGGAGGUGGAAGAGAAGUUUGUUCCGAAGCUGCUCGUUAAGCGCAGGCAACCCUCAGGAGGUCCCAUGCUUCGCAAGGUGCCACGGGUCAGCCUGGAACGCCUGGACCUGGACCUGUCAGGGGAAGCACAGCCCCCUGUCUUCCGUGUCUUCCCUGGCACUUCAGCUGAGGAGUUCAGCCUCAUCGUUAUUGAACGGGGGGCACAGCCUCAGCCUGCUCCUCCACCCCCACCUGCUAUCAAGGAGGAGCAGAAAGAAUUGUCCAUCGAGGACGCUGAGGACACCAAACCUGUGCUGUUGCCCCCUGAGCUCCCCAGCAGGGUGGUGACAGGGCCUGAAAUCCCCCCAGCACCCACCGUGGCCCCCACAGGGACCCACCGUAACGUCUCCUGCUGCCGUGUCUGCUGCCAGGCCGGUGCUGUGGUGAUGUGUGACCUCUGUGAGCGCUGCUACCACCUCGACUGCCACCUCCCUGUGCUCCACGUGGUCCCCAGCCACGACUGGCGCUGCCUGCUGUGCCAGGACCUUCCACCCCCCACUGAGGGACUCACCAACGGCGGUCCCGAGGAGGGUCAGCUCCCCACACUCUGCCCCACGGACCAGCAGAGGUGUGAACGGGUGCUACUGGAGCUGCUGUGCCAUGAGCCCUGCCGCCCCCUGCACCGCCUUUCCAGCUCCACGGAGAGCAGUGAUGCCAUCGACCUGACCCUCAUCCGAGCCAAGCUGCAGGGGAAGCUCUCCCCCACCUACAGCAGCCCAGAGGAGUUCGCCGCUGACAUCGCUCGCAUGAUCCGCCAAUUCAACCGCCUGACAGAGGACAAAGCUGACGUGCAGUCCAUCCUGGGCGUGCAGCGCUUCUUCGAGGAGCAGCUCAGAUCUGCCUUCAACAACCGCAGCUUCUCCACCCUCCUUGAACCCAGCAUGCCCAUGGAAGUGGCUGAAGGCAACGCAGCGGCCCCCCCUGCUCCUUUCCCUGCCCCUCCUGCGGCCCCCUGAGCCUCCCCCCAUUGCUCUGGGCUGGAGGAUAGCGGAGCUGGCUGGGUAGACUUGUUAUGCUCAGCAAGGAGGAGAGGAGGGGCUUAGGGGGGAGGGGUAUCCCUAUGCCUCCCCCCCCUUCCCUUCUGUGGGAGUCUCCUAGCAAUCCAUAAAUAUUCCCUGCCCCCCCCACCCCCCUCCUGUAGGGCUGCCCCAUUCCACCUCUGUGUGUCUCUUGGGGGUAGAGCUGUUGUCUUCAGAAAAGGGAUGGAGGGGAGGUGAAGGGGCCUCUUUGUGCCCCCGCUACCCACUGCGGCUGGCCCCCUGGUGUUUUAUUUCGUUUCUAUUGUUCCCCAUUCAUCCUAUGGGGUUAUCAUGUGCCCCACACUGCUCUACAUAUGGGGCCAUCCCCUUUUUAUGGAGGUUUUCCCUCUUCUUUUUAUGGGAGCGUCCCCCUUCUAUGGUAUUAAAAAUAAAUAAAGUU